AUGGCUCAAUAUCUUCAUCUUGACGAUUCGAAGGCACUUCAAUGCAAAAUUGAAGCCAGGGCGAAUAAUCUAUUCAUCAAAACAGCGGAAAAGAGCUCCUUCCAAGUCAUUAGGCUCUCCAAAUCUGUCAACAUAAGGAAACAGCCAAUUAUUCCCACUUUCCAGAAGAAUCUAGAGGUCUGUGAAGUUUCGCAAGUCAAUGUCCUCAGAGAGACGGAUGAUGUUUGUCAAAUCUUCAUUGUACGACACGAUAGAUGCUGGGCAAGGUUGAACAUCGAGAGAGCACUAUUUGAGCAUUUAAUUAACAGUUAUGAAGUCUGCGAAGAGUUUUGGAAGUGCGUAUUUGCGUUUGGGCUAAAGCAGAGAGAGAAUGAGUUCGAAUUUCCUAGAUUAAGAAGCAGAAUAAGGAAGACGUUGGACAUAACUGAUCCAUAUGAGCUCAAAGAUCUGAUGUAUGUGAUUCGUCAGGUAGAGCUAAAUGGGCGAGGAGGAACAAACCCUUGGUCUAUUCGCCAGACAGCAGUUUAUCAUGGAAGGAAACCUGAUGAAACUUCUUCGCUACCCAUCUCGUUCAAAAGUGCGCCCUCGAUGCUCUUGAUCAUUGCACCUUCCUCUAAUGCAGAGAUGAGAAUGACAGCAUAUCUCGAAGAAAGAGCCGCUGACAAGCGACAGACAUCGUCUUGGAAUCUGCACAGACUUUUAGUAUCAGAUAGUCUUUCGGGAUGGCCGGACUAUAUGGCAAGCAUUGAAGCAAGACUGAGAGAACAAACAAACUUGAUAAUUUGCGCCACCGAUGACAUGGAAGAAGACUCUUCCUCAGCACACGGAAUAGGGUUUGAAUCACGGCAGGAAUUGAAGGUCUUAGAAGAUUUUGUGCUUGACCUUUUGAUGAUACUUCGGACCAAAGUAGAAACCAUUACUGGCCUUCGGGACCAAUGCAAGGAAUAUGCAAACGAAUUUGGAAAACAGAUGGAGCCUGAAGAUAGAGCAUCUCAUUACCUGAUCCAGAGAGAAUUCGACGAGUAUGUGAAGGAUGCGGAGUCAUAUCUAGGUCAUGCGAAAGACUUGAAAGAUCGAAUACAGUCAACUGUAACUUUGCUAUCGGAUUUCUUAAAUCACGAAGAGAAUAAAUCAAUGCAUCAUUUGACUGAGAGAAGCACAAAAGAUGCAGCAGCUGUCAAAAUCUUGACCAUAAUCACUCUUGUCUACCUGCCCACUACAAUUGUUGCCAAUUUCUUCUCCACCCAAUUUGUGCAGACGAGCGAUAAUGGACACAUGACAAUAACAGAGAAUUCUUGGAUAUUAGCAGCCAUUUCGAUACCUUUGACAGCUUUAACCAUAAUUCUGUGGUGGGCUUGGGUUUACCUCACUGAAGUGAAGAAAGAGGUAAUGGUAUCUGAGAAAUCAAAUUCUGGCCGUCAAAACAGCUUUCGGUCUUUCAUAUCUUCCAGGAGAAAAGGCUUGAGUAAUUUUUCUACAUCGAGGAACAGCCUUGGAAGGUUAGAUAUCGAAGCAGGGGUUUCUUCUCAUGUGACAAAUAUGGCUCCGCCACUAUCUUUUCGGGACUCUGGUGCGGGAACUUGGUCAACUACAGCGACAACUAUCAAGUCAGGCUAG